UCUCUUCCUCGUUUUCUCUUGUGCCGCGUUGAUGCCACAACAAGUUGACGUUGAAGCCAUUGUCCGUGGCGGAGGCGACGCGAGGGACGCCUGCGAGACCCAGUUCGCGGUGGCGCAGCCCCCGGCGCCCGACGAUCCCGACUUCCCACCGGAGUCUGUGGUGGUGCCGGUCGGCGAUGAUGGCCUCGACUGGGCCGACGUGGGCGCCGCCGCCUAUGACCGCGACGACUCCACCAAGGGCAGCACGAACCCCAAGGCGCAGGCGCAGCAGUGGCAGCACGCCAAGCCCCGGUCCAGCUCGCACCGCUUCUCCGGCGGCAUCCAGGCCAAGCACCCCAUCAUCGGCCUCCCCGGGAAGGUUCAGCAGCACUCCAGCUACCUCGGCCGCAGCGGCCACCGACCCGCCAGAGUACCGAUCUUCCCCAAGAAGCCUCCCGUCCCAGGCGCCGCCCGCGGGCGGAAGUCCACGGUGCCCGAGCAAGAGCCUGGGUCUCCCACGGUGUCGUGUAUCGGGAAGGUACUGUCCGAGACUGAGCAGAGCCGGUACCCGAAGCGGCGCCGCCAAUCACCGGAGAAGGAGAAGAUGAAGAGGGUGGAGCCCACUGGGUUCUGGGCGAGUGUAACAGCAACCUUCUGCUGCGGCGGCGAGGAGAGCACGGCGACGGAGACGAUGCCGGGGGAUACGCCAGGGGAGGCGGCGGGGGAGAGGAGGAUAGCUGCGAAGCCGGCGACGGAGCCGCCGGCUCUGGGGGCGAUGAGGCGGUUCGCGUCGGGGCGGCGGCCGCUGCCGUUGGACAGGGAUGCGCCGGCGCGGGAUUGGCGGCGGUCGGUAGGGUCCGUGGAGGACGCGUGGCGUGAGCGGGAUCGGGAUCGGGAUUGGGAUGCCUCCGCCUGGUUUGACGGUGCGGACGGAAACAUGUUAAAGAGUCGAAAUGGAAUGUGGUAGUAUUUAUUAUGUUUUUGUUUCCGGUUUGAUGUUCUGGUCCGGUGUUUAGGCAGAAUUAGUGUUUGGGGAUUGUAUAAAUGAGGGAUUUAGUAUAAUGGUAUAUAUGAGAAGUGGAUUAGAGUGUUCCCUAAUUCUCUUGAUUGCUUCUCGUACGAGCCACUUGUCUAUGCGCAUCAAAGGAUCUUAUCGAAAAUUAUGCAUAAAUUGACAAGCUAGCAAAGUAGUAGUUACU